GACUGAUGGUUUGUUGUCAUGUUUGGAGUCUAUAUGUAGGGAUCUGGUUGAUCAGGUUGGUACCUACCUGCCGUUGUGGUUUUUCAAGCAGUUUUGGGUCUCCUAUCUCCCGAGAUUGUUUAUCAUGAGUGUUGGAAGCUGUUGGGCCAAUAAGAGGAACACAGACACUGUGUGGACCACCUGCCCCUAGAGAACCAGCCAGCGUAACCAUGACAACAACCACCCGCCCCUAGAGAACCAGCCAGCGUAACCAAGACAACAACCACUCGCCCCUAGACAACCAGCCAGCGUAACCAUGACAACAACCACCCGCCCGAGCCAACCAGCCAGCGUAACCAUGACAACAACCACCUGCCCCUAGACAACCAGGCAGCGUAACCAUGACAACAGCCACCUGCCCCUCACCUUCUCUCGACUGAGAUAACUUCAUCCAGUGACGGGGACUGACUAGGAAGUAACAGCCGUUGGACAGGAAGUAAUAAAGAUGUCUUCCCAUAAGCGCAGCUUCCAGUGCUUCGAUGCCAUCUUGGACGACGAUGGCCACCACCACCACCACCCCAAACUCUCACUCCCCUUCGUGCUGCGUUCUGCCCCCACGCCGUCCCCCAGCAGAUCUUCCCAUAGUGGGGGUAGUACUUACCAGGAGCCCCUGGAGGACCAAGGGUGCUACCUGUGUGCCCAGGCCACGGAGGCCAAACAGGAGAUCCAGAGAGAGGCCCAGAGAGAGGCCCAGAGAGAGCCUUCAGCCUGGUACCUCCCUCCGGUCCACCACCCCCAGCAGUAUGUCCGUAGGAGACCUGCCCGGCCUGACGAGCCCACUGCUGAGUCCUCUGGCCAGCAGCACCCCCAGCAGUAUGUCCGUAGGAGACCUGCCCGGCCUGACGAGCCCACUGCUGAGUCCUCUGGCCACCAGCACCCCCAGCAGUAUGUCCGCAGGCGACCUGCCCGGCCUGACGAGCCCACUGCUGAGGCCUCUGACCACCAGCACCUCACCAGGCACAACAAGAAGGUGGUGCUGGUGAAGAAUAGCGACCUCUCUGUUCAGAGGACCAUCGUGCUCCAUCGCAGGACUCUCCGCAGCCUGAGCCUGUUUCUGGAGGAGCUGUCUGAGUUCAUGCAGUACCACAUCAGGAAGCUGUACACUCUGGAGGGACACAAGAUCGACAGUGUUCAGAGUCUCUUGCAGUGCCCCAAUGUGUUGAUUUGUGUGGGCCAUGAGCCCUCCCACACCGUCCUUCUGGAGAACUUCCGGAAAAACUCAGAUGCCAAACUUCCACGACUGAGUCCAAAGUCUCUUGGACUCUCCAACACAGCCAGUGAAAGACAGGAAUCAGGGAAAACUGGCAGCGUCAUCCACCCAAGAUCUGAAUCCAACCAGUCAGCAAGGCACUCCAUAUCAUCUGACAAAUCACUCCCACCAAUCAACUCUACAUCCCCGGCCCAUGUUGGUCAUGAAGGCUUGAUGGACGACGACAUUGAGAAAAGGGUGCUAGUCAACAAAGAUGGCAGCUUGUCAAUGGAAAUGAAAGUGCGUUUCCGACUACUGAACGACGAGACCCUACAUUGGUCCACAGAAAUAAAGAAGUCGGUAGGAACGACAAACGAAUACCUCCAAGGAUACCAUGACAACUGCUUUGUUCAGCAAGGUAGUGUGGAAAGCUGUUCAGAGACGGAGCUCCUUUCACCAGGCGAGGCUGACGAUGCCUACAUCACCAAACUGCACCAGAAGCAUCUGGACGUCCCUCACUGUCAGCACUGCUGUGGCCACUGCCAGGACUAUGAGAUCAGGAAGACCCAUAUUUCGGGGGGGCAGAGGACUGUCCGCCACGUCACCUCCUCCAGCUCCAGUGCCUCCUCACACACCAUUGUCCAUAAAAAAGGUUCGGUGGAGACCAUGUCUAGUGAGGAGAUCACCGAGUACAUGGUGGAGAAGGCUGCUUGCUUCCAACAGACUGUGGAGGAAGGGGGCGACACCACUGUGGAGUACUGCACCAUCAGCCGCGGCUGCAGCAGGAGUGAGAUGAGCUUGACUACGACGUCCGGCAUGUGUAAGAGUAGGGCUUCCACCCAGGAUAAGAGCGAGAUCCUUGGCAAGAGCGAGAGCAUUGAUAAUAACCCCCGGGCAUCGGAUAACGACGAGGCUAUGGCUGAUAGUUCUUCCUCUGCUCCUUCUAAGGAGUCUCAGAGCGAGGUUAGCGUCAAAUUCACUAAUGCGGAGGAAGAUGAGCGGCCUGUGUCUGCUGUUAGUCUUUCCUCUCAGAUCCUGGCAUCGCUCAGGGAAGACCAGGAUGAUGAGGACGACGACCUUCCACCAAGUGCUUCGAGAGCGUGUUCGUGUUCCCAGAAUAGUAAUGCCGAAGAGGAGGAAGAGGAGGAGCCCACCAGAAGUGUUGUUUUGAACACAGCAGCAACACCAAUGCAACAUUUAUCUCCCAGGCCUCCUAGUAGUAAGGUAUCUUCUGUACACUCUAAGUCAGUUAGGGCUAUGUCUCGGGCACCAGCAAAUGGACAAGAUGACCAAAAAUUAAACAACUGUAAAUGUGAAGCAUCUGAUGUAGCUGGAGAUUCUACGGACGCCGAUGACGGAAAUGCUAAGACUGCAGUUGAAAAGGAAACGGGUCAAGAAGGGAUCCCUUCAGGGAUCACAGAAACCAAACACGCCAAACCAGAGGAGAGGGCAAUGAGCUCACUGUCUGUCAAAUCAAAUGUCUCUACCAGAUCCAAGAGGUCCAAAAUUGGGGAUUCAGGAGUUCAGGAGGAGAAGGGAGAGUGGUCAUCAAGUGCCAUGUCAGUCAAAUCCAAUGCUUCAGCAAAGUCAAGGAAGUCCAAUGUUUCAGCUGUAGAAGAUGUAGAAGUACAGCAACAUCAAACAGAUAAAAGAUCCUCAAGCGCCGUGUCAGUUCAAUCAAAUGUCUCAACAAGAUGUCAGUCCAAAAUGUCAGAAGUGGCAGCUGAAGUAAACGUUACACCAGAAGAAGACGCAAAAACAACUUCAAGUGCUUUGUCAGUUAACUCGAAUGCCUCAGGGAAGUCCAAAGUUUCUGCUGUUCCUACUGAAGACAACGCUGAAGACGAAUUGGAUGAAGCGGAGGAGAGAGCAGCUAGUGCUACGUCUGCUAAAUACAAUAUGUCGGCAGGAAAUACGACGUUACUGAUGAAAUACGACAUUUCUGAUGAUCCCGCUGCCGACGUUCCCGCUGAGAAAAACGCAGGAGACAAAGCAGGGGAUACUAAAGAGAGAGCACCCAGUGCUACUUCUGGUAAGUCUGCUAAGCCUAAUGUUUCUGCAAAAUCAAAGCAGUCCAAGGUUUCUAAACUCUGUCCAGAAGAAGAAUUUAGAGCAGCCAGUGCCUUGUCUGGUAAGUCUGCCGUUUCAGCAAGAUGCAAGAAAUCCAUAGUUGUUCCCGCUGAAGAAAAGGCAGAAGCAGAACAAACUGAAGAGAGAGCAUCCAGCUCUAUGUCUAUUAAAUCUAAUACCUCAGCAAGAUCAAGAAAGUCUACAGCAGUAGAUGAUGUGGGGGAAACUGAGGAGAGAUCACCGAGAGCAGCUAAGUGUAAUGUUUCUGCGAGGUCUAAGAAGUCCAAUGUUUCUGAUGAUCCACCUGAGGAAGAUGUAAAACAGAAAGAAGAAGCUGAGGAGAGAGCACCGAGUGCCAUGUCUGCUAAGUCCAAUGUGUCUACCAGAUCAACAAAGACCAAGAUUUCUCAAAUUUGUGUUGGAGAAGACACUGAGAGAACAUCCAGCGCUAUGUCUUCGAAGUACAACCGGUCAUCGAGAUACAAGAAAUACAAUGUUUCUGAUGGAGAAGAGGAUCAAACUGACAAGAGACCAUCUAGUGCUAUGUCUGCUGAGUUCAAUGUUUCCAAUGCUGAAGACAACGCAGAAGUGAAAGAACCCGAGAGAGCAGCUAGUGCAAUGUCAGAAGCUCUUGCUGAAGGAAAAACUGAAGAAAAUGCAGGAGAGGAGACAGAACAAACAGCAGAAAAUAUACUGGAAGAAGACACAGAAGCAGAGGAAACAGAGGAUCGUGCUCCUAGUGCUAUGUCAACUAAAUCCAAAGCUUUGGAAGUUCCCCCUGAGGAAAAUGAAGAUGAGGAAUUGACAGAAAUUGAAAAGAGAACACCCAGUGCCAUGUCUGCUAAGUCAGCUAAGUCUAAUGCUCCUGCAAGAUCAAAGAGGUCCAAGGAUUCUGAAUUUUGUCUUCAAGAACCUGAGAGAGCAUCCAGUGCUAUGUCUGCUAAGUACAAUAUGUCAGCAAGACACAAGAAAUACGACUUUUCAGAUGAUCCUGCUGCAGAGGAGGAGAGAGCAGCUAGUUCUAUGUCAGCUAAGUCCAAUGUUUCAGCAAGAUCGACAAAAUCAAAAGCUUCUGGAAUUCCUCUUGAAGUGGAAGUAGAGGCUUCAGAAGUUCCUGCUGAGGAAACCGCUAAAGAAAAAGUAGAAGCUGAGGAUAGAGCACCGAGCGCUAUGUCUGCCAAGUCAACUAAGUCUAAUGUUUCAGCAAGAUCCAAGAAAUCCAGAGUUUCUGAAGUUCCCGCUGAAGGAGAGGAUCCAACUGAAGAAAGAGCACCCAGUGCCAUGUCUGCUAGGUCAGCUAAGUCUAAUGUUCCUUCAAGAUCAAAGAAGUCCAAGCAUUCUGAAUUUUGUCUUCAAGAACCUGAGAGAACAUCCAGUGCUAUGUCUGCUAAGUACAAUAUGUCAGCAAGGCACAAGAAAUACGACUUUUCAGAUGAUCCUGCUGCAGAGGAGGAGCGAGCAGCUAGUACGAUGCCAGCCGUGUCAAAUUCUUCAGCUAGAUCUAUAAAAUCUAAAGCUUCUGGAUUUCCAGCUGAGGAAAAUGCAGAAGAAUUAGAAGAAACUGAGAGAGCACCUAGUGCCAUGUCUGCUAAGUCUGAAGCUCCUGCUGAACCUGAGAAUGAAACUCUAGCUUCAGCUGAUGAUAACGCAGAAGAGGAAGUGGAGGUCGCUAAGGAGAGAGCUCCCAGUGCUAUGUCUGCUAAAUCCAAUGUUUCAUCAAGAUCCCAAAAAUCCAAUGUUUCUGCAAGAUCGGCAAAGUCUAAAGCUCCGGAAGUUCCUCCUGAAGUGGAAGUGGAGGCUUCAGAAGUUCCUUCUGAAGAAACCAUCGAAUGUGAAGUAGGGGAAACUGAAGAGAGAGCACCGAGCGCUAUGUCAGCAAAGUCCAAUGUCUCUGCAAGAUCCAAUAAAUCUAAAGCUUCAGAAAUUCCUGCUGAAGAAAAUGCAGAAGAGGAUGUAGGGGAAUCUGCUGAACCAGAGGACGAAACAGAGGAACGAGCUCCCAGUGCUAUGUCUGCUAAGUCCAACGUUUCAUCAAGAUACCAACAAUCCAGUGUUUCUGCAAGAUCGGCAAAGUCUAAAGCUUCGGAAGUUCCUCCUGAGGAAAAUGGAGUUGAGGAAUUGGAAGACAUUGAAGAGAGAGCACCCAGUGCCAUGUCUGCUACGUCAGCUAAGUCUAAUGUUCCUGCAAGAUCAAAGACGUCCAAGGAUUCUGAAUUUUGUCUUCAAGAACCCGAGAGAGCAUCCAGUGCUAUGUCUGCUAAGUACAAUAUGUCAGCAAGACACAAGAAAUACGACUUUUCAGAUGAUCCUGCUGCAGAGGAGGAGAGAGCAGCUAGUUCUAUGUCAGCUAAGUCCAAUGUUUCAGCAAGAUCGACAAAAUCAAAAGCUUCUGGAGUUCCUCUUGAAGUGGAAGUAGAGGCUUCAGAAGUUCCUGCUGAGGAAACCGCUAAAGAAAAAGUAGAAGCUGAGGAUAGAGCACCGAGCGCUAUGUCUGUCAAGUCAACUAAGUCUAAUGUUUCAGCAAGAUCCAAGAAAUCCAGAGUUUCUGAAGUUCCUGCUGAAGGAGAGGAUCCAACUGAAGAAAGAGCACCCAGUGCCAUGUCUGCUAGGUCAGCUAAGUCUAAUGUUCCUGCAAGAUCAAAGAAGUCCAAGCAUUCUGAAUUUUGUCUUCAAGAACCUGAGAGAACAUCCAGUGCUAUGUCUGCUAAGUACAAUAUGUCAGCAAGGCACAAGAAAUACGACUUUUCAGAUGAUCCUGCUGCAGAGGAGGAGCGAGCAGCUAGUACGAUGUCAGCCAUGUCAAAUUCUUCAGCUAGAUCUAUAAAAUCUAAAGCUUCUGGAUUUCCAGCUGAGGAAAAUGCAGAAGAAGUAGAAGAAACUGAGAGAGCACCUAGUGCCAUGUCUGCUAAGUCUGAAGCUCCUGCUGAACCUGAGAAUGAAACUCUAGCUUCAGCUGAUGAUAACGCAGAAGAGGAAGUGGAGAUCCCAAAAUCCAAUGUUUCUGCAAGAUCGGCAAAGUCUAAAGCUCCGGAAGUUCCUCCUGAAGUGGAAGUGGAGGCUUCAGAAGUUCCUUCUGAAGAAACCAUCGAAUGUGAAGUAGGGGAAACUGAAGAGAGAGCACCGAGCGCUAUGUCAGCAAAGUCCAAUGUCUCUGCAAGAUCCAAUAAAUCUAAAGCUUCAGAAAUUCCUGCUGAAGAAAAUGCAGAAGAGGAUGUAGGGGAAUCUGCUGAACCAGAGGACGAAACAGAGGAACGAGCUCCCAGUGCUAUGUCUGCUAAGUCCAACGUUUCAUCAAGAUACCAACAAUCCAGUGUUUCUGCAAGAUCGGCAAAGUCUAAAGCUUCGGAAGUUCCUCCUGAGGAAAAUGGAGUUGAGGAAUUGGAAGAAAUUGAAGAGAGAGCACCCAGUGCCAUGUCUGCUACGUCAGCUAAGUCUAAUGUUCCUGCAAGAUCAAAGACGUCCAAGGAUUCUGAAUUUUGUCUUCAAGAACCCGAGAGAGCAUCCAGUGCUAUGUCUGCUAAGUACAAUAUGUCAGCAAGACACAAGAAAUACGACUUUUCAGAUGAUCCUGCUGCAGAGGAGGAGAGAGCAGCUAGUUCUAUGUCAGCUAAGUCCAAUGUUUCAGCAAGAUCGACAAAAUCAAAAGCUUCUGGAGUUCCUCUUGAAGUGGAAGUAGAGGCUUCAGAAGUUCCUGCUGAGGAAACCGCUAAAGAAAAAGUAGAAGCUGAGGAUAGAGCACCGAGCGCUAUGUCUGUCAAGUCAACUAAGUCUAAUGUUUCAGCAAGAUCCAAGAAAUCCAGAGUUUCUGAAGUUCCUGCUGAAGGAGAGGAUCCAACUGAAGAAAGAGCACCCAGUGCCAUGUCUGCUAGGUCAGCUAAGUCUAAUGUUCCUGCAAGAUCAAAGAAGUCCAAGCAUUCUGAAUUUUGUCUUCAAGAACCUGAGAGAACAUCCAGUGCUAUGUCUGCUAAGUACAAUAUGUCAGCAAGGCACAAGAAAUACGACUUUUCAGAUGAUCCUGCUGCAGAGGAGGAGCGAGCAGCUAGUACGAUGUCAGCCAUGUCAAAUUCUUCAGCUAGAUCUAUAAAAUCUAAAGCUUCUGGAUUUCCAGCUGAGGAAAAUGCAGAAGAAGUAGAAGAAACUGAGAGAGCACCUAGUGCCAUGUCUGCUAAGUCUGAAGCUCCUGCUGAACCUGAGAAUGAAACUCUAGCUUCAGCUGAUGAUAACGCAGAAGAGGAAGUGGAGGUCGCUAAGGAGAGAGCUCCCAGUGCUAUGUCUGCUAAGUCCAAUGUUUCAUCAAGAUCCCAAAAAUCCAAUGUUUCUGCAAGAUCGGCAAAGUCUAAAGCUCCGGAAGUUCCUCCUGAAGUGGAAGUGGAGGCUUCAGAAGUUCCUUCUGAAGAAACCAUCGAAUGUGAAGUAGGGGAAACUGAAGAGAGAGCACCGAGCGCUAUGUCAGCUAAGUCCAAUGUCUCUGCAAGAUCCAAUAAAUCUAAAGCUUCAGAAAUUCCUGCUGAAGAAAAUGCAGAAGAGGAUGUAGGGGAAUCUGCUGAACCAGAGGACGAAACAGAGGAACGAGCUCCCAGUGCUAUGUCUGCUAAGUCCAACGUUUCAUCAAGAUACCAACAAUCCAGUGUUUCUGCAAGAUCGGCAAAGUCUAAAGCUUCGGAAGUUCCUCCUGAGGAAAAUGGAGUUGAGGAAUUGGAAGAAAUUGAAGAGAGAGCACCCAGUGCUAUGUCUGCUAUGUCAGCUAAGUCUAAUGUUCCUGCAAGAUCAAAGACGUCCAAGGAUUCUGAAUUUUGUCUUCAAGAACCUGAGAGAGCAUCCAGUGCUAUGUCUGCUAAGUACAAUAUGUCAGCAAGACACAAGAAAUACGACUUUUCAGAUGAUCCUGCUGCAGAGGAGGAGAGAGCAGCUAGUUCUAUGUCAGCUAAGUCCAAUGUUUCAGCAAGAUCGACAAAAUCAAAAGCUUCUGGAGCUCCUCUUGAAGUGGAAGUAGAGGCUUCAGAAGUUCCUGCUGAGGAAACCGCUAAAGAAAAAGUAGAAGCUGAGGAAAGAGCACCGAGCGCUAUGUCUGCCAAGUCAACUAAGUCUAAUGUUCCUGCAAGAUCAAAGAAGUCCAAGGAUUCUGAAUUUUGUCUUCAAGAACCCGAGAGAGCACCCAGUGCUAUGUCUGCUAAGUACAAUAUGUCAGCAAGGCACAAGAAAUACGACUUUUCAGAUGAUCCUGCUGCAGAGGAGGAGCGAGCAGCUAGUACGAUGUCAGCCAUGUCAAAUGCUGCAGCUAGAUCUAUAAAAUCUAAAGCUUCUGAAUUUCCAGCUGAGGAAAAUACAGAAGAAGUAGAAGAAACUGAAGUGAGUGCACCGAGCGCUAAUAUCUCUGCAAGAUCCAGGAAGUCAACAGUGUCUGAAGUCCCUGCUGAAAAAAAGGAUCAAACCGAGAGAACAGCUAGAGCUAUAUCUGCUAAGUCCAAUGUCUCUGCAAAAUCUGGGAAGUCCACAUUUUCUGAAGCUUCUGCUGAGGAAACAGCAGCCUCAAAAGAGAAAACGAAUGAAAGAGCACCGAGCGCCAUGUCUACGAAAUCAAAUAUCUCAGAAAGAUCUAAGAAACCUGACCAUGGAACAGAGGAGCGAGCAUCCAGCACUCUAUCAGCUAAGUCACAUGUAUCUGUAAGAUCAAGGAAGUCCAAAGUUUCUGAAGUUGCUGCCGAAGAAAAGGCUGCAGAGCAGUUAGAGGAACAUGUGGAAAAAGCAACAAGUGCUGUGUCGGCUGAGUCUCCAAGAUCAGCCGGAACCCACGCAUCUGCCAAGUCCCACGGAUCAGACAGAACCCAUGCAUCAGACAGGAUCCACACAUCAGACACAUGUAACUCCAGACCCAAAGAUAGCAUAACUGCUGAAGUGACUGAGAGAUCUAAAAGCAAGAUGUCCAAUGUGUCGUCCCACCUGCAAGUGAAAGGACAAAAAGACAAAAACAAUAAGGAUGACGCCAAAAGCGACAAAGGGAGUGAUAUUUCAACCAAGACAAACAGAUCAAAGACUGCCAUUAGAGAUCAUGUAGACACUCCCAGACCUAACUCUAUUGCGUCAGAGGUUCAUCUCACUCCGACUCUACCACACUGCCCUCCAACCCCUAGAAAAAUUAAACAACCAGUUAUUCUACUUGGUUUUUCGAGUGACAGUAACAAGUUACACACAGCUGAUCCUCGGAAGGAGAGCUCUAACAUCUUAUGUGAUGGUCUCUCAGAAGCGAUAGACAGGAAUGUCAGUGACAACAGAAGUGACAAGAGCGGCAAGUGCAAACACAGGAAAGGGGUUUCCUCUCGCAGUUCCUCCCUACAGCGGCUGGAAGGAGAUGUCUCUGAGCUGGUUCCCUCCAAUCUACCAAACGCCUCUCCAACAGAGGUGGUGAAUGAGUGGCUUAAGAAAAUACCAUCUGAUAGUACGAUGUACGAUAUUGGGGACGAAUUCAGUGACAGAGGCCAUUCACCGGAGCUGGCACCAAAGGAAAAAACGAAUGGGACGGAGGAGAACGACGUCACCUCCGUGUGUGAAACUCAAAAAGAAGAGGAAGAGCCUAAGGAGACAGCAGCCAACCAUGUGGCUGAUGGUCAGGAGCCAGCAGAGACCCCACCUGAGAUCCCACCAGAGGGCACCGCUCCCCAGGAGGACGUAUCAAAGAGCUUUCACUCCUCAGUGCAGGUGAUGAAAGUACUGUUGAGUCCCAAGCUUGACCGGUGUCACAGUUUACCUGAAUUUUCCCCAGUGUACGGACGUAAACUGAGCACCUCAGCCAGAGGUCUCCUGGAUUGCCUCGCAAAGCUACAGUUGAUAGACUUUGAUCCCAACGACGAUGCAAAUGCCAAGGACACAAGGUACAGAGAGCUAAUGAACAUCCUCCAGUCCCUCUGGUUGUGUGACCCAGCAGAAGGUGGAAAGCAACAGCAGAAUGGCUGUGAUCAACACUCUGUGGACGGUGACACCAAAGCAAGGUCCUCCUCUGGGGUGGAUGUCAGCAGUGGCUCAACGGGCUCAGGUGGUUUGGCUCAGGCACCGAACGCAGAGGGGGAAGCAUUGCUGAGGGUACAAGAAGUUGACAAAAAUGCAGACGAACAGGAAAGCCCAGAGUCCUCAAUCCCUAUGUCUGAUCCAGCCAGCCUGUACGUAGCCAGUCAGGUCCAAUGGACCACAGAGGAAGGAGAAGGAGAAGGAAGAACAGCAGUGGAGAAAGAGAAACAAAAAGACGAAGACGUCCCAGCGUCUGAUGACACCAUUAGAAAUGAAAGUGUGAGAGAAUUACCAGAAACACCCCCGUCUUCCAACAAGAGCUCAGACCCUCGAGAGGACACAACCUCUGGCUCUCCUCCAUCUGUCCAAAGGGCACAACUAGCCAAAAAAGUUUCCCUAGAUCCUGAUCCUGUCUGGGUCUUGAAGUUACUGAACAAACUAGAGAAGCAGUUCAUGACACAUUAUGUGGAUGCCAUGGCAGAGUUCAAGGUCCGCUGGAAUUUGGACGACAGCGAACAUCUCGAUGCCAUGAUAGCCGAACUGAAAGACGAUGUGCAUAGGAGGAUACAAUUAAGCAUUGACAGAGAACUAAGGAAGAUCCACGGUCGAGGUGGAAGACCAAGGCCACCCAAAGAAGAAUUGUCACGAGAAUCAGGUGCGCAAACUGAGACGAGGAGAAGAAGACUGAAGCUCAACCAGUCUAUUGAUUACCGAGAGGAGAAGAGCGACGAUGCAACCAGCACUUCUUUCAGCGACCAACGGAGUGAUGAUGAAUAUUGCCCUUGUGAAACAUGUAUAAAAAAGAAACUGGAAUUAGGACCACUGCUUCCUGCAGAAGUUUUGCAUAUUGCUCCAGUCAUGAUGGCUUUUGAUCUAAAGUCAAUCCUCCAGUUGAAAAAGAACCCUACUCAAAAGACACAAGCAGUUGAUGCAACCGAUGACACUGAAACUACGGAUAAAGCCACAGUAGUGAAAACUAGUAUUAUACAUGCAUUUGAUUUAAAGUCAAUUCUCCAGUUGAAAAAGGACAAUCCUCCACAGAUACAAGAAGAAGUUGAUGUUACAGAUGAGACUGGAGGUAUGGAUGAAGAUGAGACUGGAGGUAUGGAUGAAGAUGAGACUGGAGGUAUGGAUGAAGCAAAAGCACCGGAAACUCUUGUUGGAAACGUUAUCAACGGGGCUAAGAAGGAGGCGGAUGAAUCACAAGAACAGGAGGAUGAUGAACAGGAUGAUGAAAUGGCUGAUGAAGCUGAGGCAGCAGUAGAAGAGACAGCUAAAGAUGAAGAAGAGGAAGCUGAUAUUGCUGAAGAUGAAGAAACUGUUGACGCAGAAACUCCAGAAGAUGAAGCAGUAGAAGAGGAGGAGGAAGCUAAAGCAGAAACAGCAGAAGCUGAGACAGUAGAAGAGGAAGCAGGAGAAGAAGAAACUUCUGAAGCAGAGACAGCAGCUGAUGACGAAACAGCAGGAGAAGAAGACACUGCUGAAGUAGACACAGCUGACGAAGAAACAGAAGAAGCAGCAGAAGAAGAAGAGACAGCUCAAGAUGAAACUACAGGAGAGGAGGAAGCUGAAGUUGAAAUAACCGGUGAUGAGUCGGCACUAGCUGAAACUGCAGGAGAAGAAACAGCACAAGCUGAAACUGCAGGGGAAGAGACAGCUGACGACGAAUCAGCAGGAGAGGAAGAGAGUGCUGAAGCUGAGACAGCUGAGGGAGAAGAGCAGACAGCCAGAGAUGAAACAGGAGAAGAUGAGACUGAAAACGCAGGAGAAGAGUCGGCAGAACCUGUAACAGCAGACGAAGACGAGACUGCCGAAGCAGAGGCAGCUGAAGAUGAAGGAGCAGGAAAUGGAGCUGAAGCUGAAGCUGAGGAGGAUGUAGAAAAAGAGGAAGCUGAAAAAGAAAUGAAAAUAGAGCCAGAAGUUGAGUCAAACAUCGAGGAGACAGCUAUCAGGAAAGACAACGUGGAGGAAACUCCAGUGACCUCAUUCGAUGCCUUUGCCAGAGCGGAAUACUCUGAAGACGGUGCGUACUCCGACGAUGAGGAUUCAGAGACUGAACGAAACAAUGAGGAGUCAGAGGCCCAAGAGGACAAAGCAGAAGCAGAGGCUGAGCUUCAGGUUGAGGAGACUACUGUUGAGGAGGAAGUGGAGGAAGGGGAGGAGGACCACGAAGAAGCUGAGGAGGAGCAGGCAGAAGCUGAGGAGGAGGCGGAGGUGGAAGAAGAAGCUGAGGAGGAGCAGGCAGAAGCUGAGGAGGUGGAAGAGGAAGCUGAAGAGGAGCAGGACGUUGAGGAGGAGGCGGAGGUGGAGGAGGAAGCUGAAGAGGAGCAGGACGUUGAGGAGGAGGCGGAGGUGGAGGAGGAAGCUGAAGAGGAGCAGGACGUUGAGGAUACCCCAGUUGAAGAGACUCCAGUUGAGGAGCUGAAGGAGAAAGGGGAGGAGGAAGCUGAAGUGGAAGUUGAGGAGGAUCAGACAGAAGCUGAGGAGGAACAGGAGGAAGAUGAGGAUACAGCUGAAAACUAUGCUGCUCCUGAGGAAGAGCCAGCCGAUGAGGUGGAUGAUGUCACAAGCAAAGGACAGUCUGAAGACGACGGUGAUGGCAAUGGACCUUCUGGGACAUCUGAGACGAGCCUACAUAGCCAGCCAACCAAAUCUUCCAUGGAAUCCCAACCAGGCUCGCUGGACGAAAUCCUGGAUGAAGAGGCAGAGAGAGAGACCAACAGCGAGAAGAGUUCACAGACAGGGUCGGAGAUAGGCUCGGGCCACCGUCUCUCUGUGAAGAGAAGGCAGAUGUACCAAAUGGAAAACGAGAACGAGAGCAGAGUGUCAGAAGUCACAGAGUCAGCCAGCGAGGUUCUCGAGCGACAAAUCGUCUCCCCAAAGAAGAAGACUCCAAAGAAGUCUCCGGCAAGAUCUGUCAAGUCAAGCAAGGCCAAAGAGAGUGAUAUUGAUCAAGACGAUCUUGAGUUCUAAAACUUCCCUAUUCAAACUUAAUUUACGGUAUUUUGCUUGUGAAAAGAAAAUUGGUCAAUGUUUAAAUACCCCCCAUUUUUACCACAUUCUUGCCUGCAUAUGCCUUUUAUACUUCCUGUGUGCAAUGCCGGUGAUGAGUGGUAGUAGUGGUGUGCAGACGUGGGUGGUUAUUUUUAUUAAAUCCAUUGAAUAUACAACCAUCAAAAAGAAAUCCAUUCGUUCAGGUAGGUACUAAGAAAUAUCAUACGAUUAAUAACAUUUAAAAAAAAAAAAAAGAAUAGAAUAGCAUUUUUUUAGUUGAAUUACCUCCAAAUGAAUUAAAUCAAUAGUUCAUUAUUUUGUUAUUUAAAGACACACGUACCUGAUCACAGUCAACACACACACAUUUUAUGGUAAGAAUGUAAUGGAAUAUAACAGAAUAAAAUAAUAAUAAUAUUUACCCCCACACAACUUGAGUCGUGGGUAAAAUAAGUGACAUUUUGAAGCAGAGCCCAAGCCUUUUUGUUCCACGCCUCUUUCCUACCCUCACUCCACGUUGUUAGGGGGCAUAGGGGCUUACCUUGAGAGUAUCUGCAUCAUGAUACCAAUAGAAAAUAAUAGCAUACCUAUUUUCAAAAGCAAUGUGAGUCUCAUGUUCAUAUUUCACAACUCUAAAAGCGUAUAGGCUUUAGGCAAUCGAGCAAGGUAACAGGUCUACUUUUGAUUCAGGCGACAUUAUUAGAUGCUAAAUGUAGAUCAGGGAUAGAUGAGCUAUAUUUCCACUUAUUUGCCCAGCCAGAGAAUCAACCAGAUCACAUUGAUCGAUACAAGUCAGUGAAUUAACAGGCUUUUGUUUGGGUGUAAGGCUACUAGGGGCCUGGAGUGAGGAGUAAAAAAAAUAAUCCACUUGAUAAACUACAACUAGACUAAAUGUUCUGAUAAAUCACCCAACUAGACUAAAUGUUCUGAUAAAUCAGCCAACUAGACUAAAUGUUCUGAUAAAUCACCCAACUAGACUAAAUGUUCUGAUAAAUCACCCAACUAGACUAAAUGUUCUGAUAAAUCACCCAACUAGACUAAAUGUUCUGAUAAAUCAGCCAACUCGACUAAAUGUUCUGAUAAAUCACCCAACUAGACUAAAUGUUCUGAUAAAUCACCCAACUAGACUAAAUGUUCUGAUAAAUCACCCAACUAGACUAAAUGUUCUGAUAAAUCAGCCAACUAGACUAAAUGUUCUGAUAAAUCAGCCAACUAGACUAAAUGUUCUGAUAAAUCAGCCAACUAGACUAAAUGUUCUGAUAAAUCAGCCAACUAGACUAAAUGUUCUGAUAAAUCAGCCAACUAGACUAAAUGCUCUGAUAAAUCACCCAACUAGACUAAAUGUUCUGAUAAAUCAGCCAACUAGACUAAAUGUUCUGAUAAAUCAGUCAACUAGACUAAAUGUUCUGAUAAAUCAGCCAACUAGACUAAAUGUUCUGAUAAAUCACCCAACUAAACUAAAUGUCCUAAUAAAUCAGCCAACUAGACUAAAUGUCCUAAUAAAUCAGUCAACUAGACUAGAGGAUCAUGAGCAUCACUCACCUCAAUUUAGCUAAUAUUUCUCCAGCCUGAUUGUAGCCUAACCAAUAGCCUAACCAAUAGCCUAACCAAUAUCCAAACAGAGAUUCAGUGAAAACACAACUCUGACAUUGAUUGAUUUAUCAAGACGAGUCCCAACGCAUGUCUCAAAGCAGUUGGUACUGUCCCAAUGAAAACGGUGCUGGAAUUAAAGUGCAUUCGAAUGUGAGUUACUAGAUACAUGUAUUCUGACUCCUCUGACUUUUUUCCACAUUUUGUUACAUUACAGCCUUAUUCGAAAAUUGAUUUAAAAAAUAUCCUCAUCAAUCAACACACAAUACCCCAUAAUGACAAAGCGAAAACAGGUUUUUAGAAAUGGUUGUACAUUUAUUACAAAUUAAAAAACUCUUAUUUAAAUAAUUAUUCAGGUUCUUUGCUAUGAGACUCGAAAUUGAGCUCAUGUGCAUCCGGUUUCCAUUGAUCAUCCUUGAGAUGUUCCCACAAGUUGAUUGGAGUCCACCUGCGGUAAAUUCAAUUGAUUGGACAUGUUUUGAGAAGGCAAGACACCUGUCUAUAUUAGGUCCCACAGUUGACAGUGCAUGUCAGAGCAAAAACAAGCCAUGAGGUCGAUGGAAUUGUCCGUAGAACUCAGAAAGAGGAUUGUGUCGAGGCACAGAUCUGGGGCAGGGUACCGAAACAAUGUCUGCAACAUUGAACGUCCCCAAGAACACAGUGGACUGCAUCAUUCUGCAGCAUUGAACGUCCCCAAGAACACAGUGGCCUCCCUCAUUCUUAAAUGGAAGAAGUUAGGACCCACCUAGAGCUGGCCGCCCGGCCAAACAGAGCAAUCGGGGGAGAAGGGGCCUUGUCCAGGGAGGUGACCAAGAACCCAAUGGUCACUCUGACAGAACUCCAGAGUUCCUCUGUGGGGAUAGGAGAACCUUCCAGAAGAACAAUCAUCUCUGCAGCACUCCACCAAUCAAGCUUUUAUGGUAGAGUGGCCAGACGGGAGCUACUCCUCAGUAAAAGGCACAUGACAGCCCACUUAGUGUUUGCCAAAAGGCACCUAAAAUACUCCCAGACCAUGCGAAACAAGAUUCUCUGGUCUGAUGAAACCAAGAUUGAACUCUUUGGCCUGAAUGCCAAACAUCACAUUUGGAGGAAACCUGGCACCAUCCCUACGGUGAAGCAUGGUGGCGGCAGCAUCAUGCUGUGGGGAUGUUUUUCAGCGGCAGGAAUUGGGAGAAUAGUUUGGAUUGAGGGAAAUAGGAGCAAAGUACAGAGAGAUCCUUGAUGAAAACCUGCUCUCGAGCGCGCAGGACCUCAGAUUAGGGAGAAGGUUCACCUUCCAACAGGACAACGACCCUAAGCACACAGCCAAGACAAUGCAGGAGUGGCUUCGGGACAAGUCUGUGAAUGUUCUUGAGUUGCCCAGCCAGAGCCCAGGCUUGAACCCGAUCAAAAAUUUCCGGAGAGACCUGAAAAUAGCUGUGCAGCGACGCUCCCCGUCCAUCCUUACAGAGUUUGAGAGGAUCUGCAGAGAAGAAUGGGAGAGACGCCCCAAAUACAGAUGUGCUAAGCUUGUAGCAGAUGUACCCAAGAAGACUCGAUGCUGUAAUCGCUGCCAAAGGUGCUUCAACAAAGCACUGAGUAAAGGGUCUGAAUACUUAUAAUUUUUAAUACAUUUGCCAAAAAAAUCUAAAAACCUGUUUUUGCUUUGUCAUUAUGGGGUAUUGUGUGUAGAUUGAUGAGGGGAAAAAAUAUUUAAUCAAUUUUAGAAUAAGGCUGUAACGUAACAAUAUGUGGAACUAGUCAAGGGGUUUGAAUACUUUCCGAAUGCAUUGUAUCCAGUUAACCACACGCAGCUUGACGCAAGUAGGCUAUUGCUUUAAAUGUAUUAUAAGGAUUGGAUGACUUUGGGGAGAUUUUAGUAAGCAACAAUUUGAUACACACCUUUCUAUUGAUUUAGCCUACUUCAUGCCAUUAUUUUGGUCAUUUAGUGAGAUUUAUCCCCACAGUAAUUAUUUUAUGAAUCCAUCCCGUUGUGGUUAAGAAAACAGUGCAUGCUUAGUGGUGGGCUAUGUGAAGAGAUGGUUGAAAUGACAUGCCUUGCAAAGGUUAGGAUGGUUAACGUUCACUGCCUUGCAACUAUGAAACAUUUUAGAGCGUAGUGCGUGCCAAUACCACCUCAGCAUUAAGGCUACAUUUCAUACGAAGCCGUAGGCAGAAUUUAAAAGGAAUCAUUACCAGGUCAUUAGGAGCAAAUACACAUUUUUGGCUUCGAUAUCGGCAAUGACCUUUAUGGAAAAGCUGGGGGAAAAAAAGUUGCCCGUAUGGUAAAGUUGGCAGAAAAAUGUCUUGGUUUGAAAGGGAUGAUAGAAUUGUUGAUAAUGAUCCAUCACUUGAUUAAAUAAUGAUCAAAGCACUUUAUUUCAGAACUACUACUGUGAUUGUACACGUCACAUGGUACAAGAACGUUAUGCCACAAAAAAAGGAAUCUUUUAAAUACUUGAAAUAUGCAAAGUGAAAUUAGUCGAAUUCUCUGUUAUUUUCACAGAACAGAAAAUCUAUAUUUUUCUGGAAGAAUAUCGAAACUUGUUUAUAUUAUUUAUUUUAUAUAAACUAAACUCAGCAAAAACAUUAAACGUCCCUUUUUCAGGACCCUGUUUUUCAAAGAUAAUUUGUAAAAAUCAAAAUUACUUCACAGAUCUUCAUUGUAAAGCGUUUUAAUACGGUUUCCCAGGCUUGUUCAAUGAACCAUAAACAAUUAAUGAACAUGCACCUGUGGAACGGUCGUUAAGACACUAACAGCUUACGACGGUAGGAAAUUAAGGUCACAGUUAUGAAAACUUAGUACACUAAAGAGGCCUUCCUACUGACUCUGAAAAACACCAACAGAAAGAUUCCCAGUGUCACUGCUCAUCUGCGUGAACAUGCCUUAGGCAUGCUGCAAGGAGACAUGAGGACUGCAGAUGUGGCCAGGGCAAUACAUUGAAAUGUGAGACGCCUAAGACAGCGCUACAGGGAGACAGGACGGACAGCUGAUCGUCCUCGCUGUGACAAACCACGUGAAACAACAUCUGCACAGGAUCUGUACACCUGCGGGACAGGUACAGGAUGGCAACAACAACUACCUGAGUUACACCAGGAACGCACAAUCCCUCCAUCAGUGCUCAGACUGUCCCCAAUAGGCUGAGAGAGGCUGGACUGAGGACUUGUAGGCCUGUUGUAAGGCAGGUCCUCACCAGACAUCACUGGCAACAACAUCGCCUAUGGGCACAAACCCACCGUCGCUGGACCAGACAGGACUAGCAAAAAGUGCUCUUCACUGGUAAGUCGCGGUUUUGUCUCAUCAGGGGUGAUGGUCGGUUUCACGAAGGAAUGAGCAUUACACCGAGGCCUGUACUCUGGAGCGGGAUCGAUUUGGAGGUGGAGGGUCCGUCGUGGUCUGGGGCUGUGUGUCACAGGAUCAUCGCACUGAGCUUGUUGUCAUUGCAGGCAAUUUCAACAUUGUGCGUUACAGGGAAGACAUCUUCCUCCCUCAUGUGGUACCCUUCCUGCAGGCUCAUCUGGACAUGACCCCCCAGCAUGACAAUGCCACCAGCUAUACUGCUCAUCCUGUAAGACAGGAAUGUCAGUGUUCAACCAUGGCCAGCGAAGAGCCCGGAUCUCAAUCCCAUUGAGCACUUUUGGGACCUGUUGGAUCGGAGGGUGAGGGCUAGGGCCAUUCCCCCCAGGAAUGUCCGGGAACUUGCAGGUGCCUUGUUGGAAGAGUUGGGUGACAUCUCACAGCAAGAAUUGGCAAAUCUGCUGCAGUCCAUAAGGAGGAGAUGCACUGCAGUACCUAAUGCAGCUGGUGGCCACACCAGAUACUGACUGUUACUUUUGAUUUUGACACAUUAUUCCAUUUCUGUUAAGUCACAUGUCUGUGGAACUUGUUCAGUUUAUGUUUCAGUUGUUGAAUCUUGUUCUGUUCAUAGAAUUAUUUACACAUGUUAAUGUAGUUUGCUGAAAACUAACGUAGUUGACAGUGAGAGGACGUUUCUUUUUGUGUUGUUGCUGAGUUUACGUUUGAGUGGUUUUAUUUAGUGCACUAAUCAACUAUAAUUGUAAUGAAUAGAAUAAUGAAUUGUUGAAAUAAAUGUUUUUGUUCUACUCCAACUAGUAAAAGCCUUGGCCCUAAGGAGCUACUUGGAAUUAACUGCAAAUGGAGAAAUAUAUAUAUAUAUAUAUAUAAUUAUGUACUGUCUAUGUGAAACCUGAAUGCAAUAGGAAGUACC